GACCGAUACCCCAUAAUGCACUGCACGCUGCAGGGCUGAAGUCGUGCAGAUUCAUCAGUUCCUGUUCAGAGGGAUUGUGUGUGAGCGCACACACUCAUACACCAAGACCGAACGCUGGAGAAACACAGAGACGAGCAGGCAGAGAGAAGUGCCUUCUUUCGUCGACCCUGUUGGCUGUUUGGCUCAGCUGAAGCCGCCUCUGUGCCUGUCCCUGUCUGCUGGAGUUUCCAGCCACACCAGGAGCCGCAGGACUGCCAACGCCACUCGCUGAGCCAGUCUCCACAACACUGACACCUCCCUGCUUUGCUCCAUCUCCUGCUCCGUCUGCUAUCCAUGCCACUCAGCCCUCCACUGUGGGUGCCAACCACUCCUCCAUCCUUGAAGACAGACAACUUUCAUCGCCUUCACUGAGCAAAAGUCUCCUAUUCGUCCCCUCCGCCUCUACCUUCUUCUCCCUCUCUUUUUCCUUCCUCUCCUCCCUCCUGCUUCUUUUCAUCAUGGACCAACUUGAUCGAUAAUGUGUUUUGCCAUUCGUCUCAUCUGACAGUUCAGCAGAGGAGUGAGGCGACUGAGAGGACCAGUGGGUGAUUGUACUUGAGUGAAAAACAACGGGGAGGAAGAGAUUACGAAGCCUAACCUCUGUGGCCAUUCCCAGCCCAGGCCCUGGGUGGCAGGUGGUUAGGGAUUCCUGUUACAGCCACAAACAGACUCUUAGGAUGGGCUGCAUGUGGUAGGCGAGUCCAAGGCCUCGUAGGCUUCAUCUAAGAAUCACACCCUGGGGGAAAAGAAGCUCUUAAAACCGACUUUCUCCCAUGUCCUUUCCUCACUGUUCCUCCUCAUUUGUCCCAGUGUCAUUAGAAAAGCACAGACGCACACAUAAUUGCAUUUCCUGGAUAUCUGCUCCUCCUCCACAUCGACCCCUCCUGCCUGGUCCGAAAUGGCGGUGAAUGUGACACCGAUCAGGGACACAAAGUGGCUGACGCUGGAGGUUUGUCGGGAAUUCCAGAGAGGGACAUGUUCCCGGCCAGACAGCGAGUGCAAGUUCGCUCACCCUGCCAAGAGCUGUCAAGUGGAAAACGGCCGAGUCAUUGCCUGUUUUGACUCGCUCAAGGGGCGCUGCUCCAGAGAGAACUGUAAAUACCUUCACCCUCCUCCCCAUCUAAAGACCCAGCUGGAGAUCAAUGGCAGGAACAACCUCAUCCAACAGAAAAACAUGGCCAUGUUGGCCCAGCAGAUGCAGCUCGCCAACGCCAUGAUGCCCGGUACACAGCUACAGCCAGUGCCCAUGUUUUCAGUCACACCCAGCCUUGCAACCAACGUGAAUGCUGCUGCUGCGGCGGCCGCUGCAUUCAACCCUUACCUUGGCCCUGUGUCGCCUGGCCUGAUGCCUGCUGACAUCUUGCCCAGUGCCCCUGUACUGGUCACCAGCAACCCCAACGUCCCCGUACCGGCUGCUGCUGCCGCCGCUGCACAGAAACUCAUGAGGACGGACAGACUGGAGGUAUGUAGGGAAUAUCAGCGGGGUAACUGCACACGCGGGGAGAACGACUGUCGCUUCGCCCACCCAGCAGACAGCACGAUGAUUGACACCAACGACAACACGGUCACUGUGUGUAUGGACUACAUAAAGGGCCGCUGCUCAAGGGAGAAGUGCAAGUACUUUCACCCCCCGGCUCACCUGCAGGCCAAGAUCAAAGCUGCCCAGCACCAAGUCAACCAGGCUGCAGCGGCUGCGGCCAUGACUCAGUCGGCUGUCAAAUCACUGAAGCGACCCCUCGACGCAACCUUUGACCUGGGGCUCCCUCCCGUCUUGCCUCCUUUACCAAAGAGACCUGCACUUGAAAAAGCCAACGGUGCCACCACUAUGUUCAAUGCUGGCGUAUUCCAGUACCAACAGGCCCUGGCCAACAUGCAGUUUCAGCAGCAGGCGGCCUUCAUACCAUCAGGCUCGAUAUUGUGCAUGACACCUGCAACAAGUGUUGUACCCAUGAUGCACGGUGCUACUCCAGCCACUGUGUCUGCAGCCACCACAUCUGCCACAAGUGUUCCCUUUGCAACCGCAACAGCCAAUCAGAUUCCAAUAAUAUCUGCAGACCAUCUGACUAGUCACAAGUAUGUGACCCAGAUGUAGGAUCUCGAUCAGAACAAUGGAAUAUGAGUGUGCAGACAACUAGUCCAAGAUUAGCAGUCACCCUUCACGCCUUGAACAUAGAGGGCAACAACGGAGAACCAAAUCUGAAGUGGUUUGGAAUAAAUCUGCAUGUUAACAUAGGAGGCACAGUUUGUCAGGAUUGUUUUCAUCAUGCACACUCUUACACAACAACAGAAAAAACUUCAUUUGCAUCAAAGACUGCCUUUUGCUCAGCGGAGGCGACUUACCUUUAUUCACCGGACACACUUUGAAUGUCAACAUGAGGUAAAUGUGCGGAGCGUUCAUCAAAAAGCGACUGGAUUGGUACGUCCAUCAACCGCGAAUCAUGACUUGAGUUUGUGUUUGUUUAUUGGUUGUAGGUCUUUGACCUAAAUGUGUUCAUUUGUUUACACAAAGGUGCACCUUGUAUUUCAGUUGAGGAAGAAGAAACAGAAAUCUGACUGAAUCACAUAUGCAUGCACGAUUUAUUUCUUGGUUUUUUUUUUUGUUAAACCAGUUGAUAAGGGAAUGAACAUAGAGUGCACUCAGAGGCAAAACUAAUAACUGAAUGUCUAUAAGGUGUCUUUAAACCUUUGUAGCCUAACUUUCUAUCUCUUAAGCACACAUCUUUAACCCUACAGGCAUCCCUGUAAAGUGCCAUACAUCUCAAAAACAUGAAUGGUAUUUAAGCAGUGUUACAAAGCAUAAAAUAAACAAAGAUUCCCUUUAAAUGUCUUAUUUUCUAUUUUGGACAGCAUGAAGUGUCCAGUUUUCAUUCCCUUAAGAAAACUGCUUAUUAGAAGUCCAUGCCACAGUUGUCUCCUUUUAUUUUCUCCUGAAUGGAUGGUUUUGUUUUUAUCAGCACACAGAUUCCUCCAUGUCAAGUAUAUGUACCGACUCUUAAGUCAGAUUGUUGUAUACGGGGGUCUUGAAGUUUUAGACCAAAGACCCUUCUAAUGAUGAAGAUAUUAUGCUGAAUAGCUUUGAAACAACAGGGCUGUAUGUUGGUAUCCGAACUGCUGUGAGACGGAAGUCUAAAACAUGCAACUGGUGUGAUUUGUUCAUUUGUGUGGUUGUGCAUAUUUUAAGGCAGAUCCUCAGAGUAAACUGAGUGUUUGAGUGUAAAUAUAGUCUGACAUAUUUAAGAAUAUUUGUUUAAUACCAGAGAACUGUUUCAGAUAGUCAGCCAAAGUCUUUUUUGUGUCACCGUUACUGGAUAUUGUGGAGUAAUGUAGAGAGAGAAGAUUUUUAAAAAUGUAUGGGCGGCAGCCCAAAGACGGAUGCUGUGUAAAGAGUAGAUCUCUAGAACUCUUUGUUUCCAUUGUGUUCUGGGUGUUUCUUCAGGCAUAUUUAAAUUUGGUGGAUAUUACAGGGAAAGUGGCAAGAAUAAAAAACGAUUGUAUUACUCAUCCAAAGCCUUAGAAUGUACCAUCGGGUCAGCACAAUGCAACAUGCCAUUUUGAACCAUCCAGUUGCCUAAUCCACGCCAUAUUAACACACAGACACUGACAUGCAUACAGACACUCACAGAGCACUAUGUACACGUCAUUUUUGUCAGUGUUUUCUUAACUUUCUUGUAGUUUUCUUUAGAUUAGGAGUGUUUACUUUUUGUUUGGACUACAUUUUGAUAUUUAGUUAUCAUAUUUAUCUUUCUUAUAAUGAAUAUAAGAUAAAAGUGUGUGUUUUGUGUGAUCCUCAUGCACAGUUUCCUGAAAUUCCAUGUAAUGUUAAUUUUAGUAUGAUUAUGAUUGUAAACUCAAUAUUUUCUACGUUAUGCAUAUUGUUGAACUGUAUGCAUAUUGUUCAUUUCUCUAGUCUCUUUUGUGUUCUUUGAACAAAGAUGUUUUAUAUGAGUAUCUAACAGUGAUGAAAUAAUAGAACAGAGAGGCUAAGUUGUCAAUGUGGCAACCGUUGCCAAUAACCGAGUAAUAUUUUAAUGAUUGUAAGGUUUGUAACUAGUCAUAUAAGAAAAAAAAGACUAUUAUAAAAAUCUAGUUCUUAGAUGUUUAGAGUAAAGAUGUUAUUUUCUACUGUAUCCAUUUCAAAUAGUAACUAUUGUUUUAAUAUUUUUACUCUCCCUGGAAAUUGGGCCAUGUUGGAAAACAAGCUGCAUAUUUGAUCACUUUUUGGGGGGCGUUACUGGCGGGGUCAGGUGAACGUGGCGAGAAGGGAACCGAGCGUUCGCUCGUCUCUCACUCAGCCGACUGCAAACACAAAUGGGUGGGGUGGGGAAUCAGGAGGCGAUAAAAGGUGAUAAAGGCUGACUUUUUUGCACUUCUGUACAUAGUCAAAAAAGAGAGAAUCAUGUAUAUUGAGAUCUUAUUUUGAAUAAAAAAAUAAUGUCUAUAACGACAAAGGAAUUUUGCUAGGAUAACAAAAAAAAUCUUACGAAAGGCUGAACAAAUUGCUUGCAUUAAAAGGGCACUGAGUUCUCACUCUCCGACCCCUUUCAGAAAAGGCCAAGUGUUGCUCUUCUUUUUCGUCAGCAGCUUGUAGUUUGCCAGGUAACCUUCCGGAGGAGGCGUUCACGGACCUCCAGCGUGAGGGCCUGGCUGGGUUUGUCUGGCCCCCCAUAACCUGCGGUUACCAGCAGGUUUGUGUGUCAUGGCCACGCCCUCCCAGGCCCAACCAAUCACAACCCGUCCUGUCUCUUUACUUUACUCAGAGAGGAAUGCAUGUUAAAGGAAAUACAUAUACCGUUUAAAAAAAGUCACCACAGUAAUACUGAAUAAGAAAACAUGUUACACAGAAAGAUGUAUUUACAGUAUACAAUAUUCUAUCAAUGUAAUGGAAUAAAAUAUAUAUAAAAAUACAAAAAUAGAAUAGUGGUUUAUUUAAAAAAAAGAUUCCUGAGAAUAUACUCACUAAAGUUUUACCACUUGGGGAGUUAAAAUACAUGCAACACAAACACCAUAGCUAUAAGUAUGUUCUUUAUGUUUCUGUAAGCUGUGCUUCUAGUAGAUGAAACUGACUUAACAGGAAUGUAGUUCAACACCAGGCUGAAUUUAAGAACCAUUUCAGAUUGAAUACUGUCAGUGGUUUGGUCAUAAAGUGGUAAAUUUGGAAUAUCGUCCUGAUCAUCUUUGUCAUCUCUCAUCUCCUAUAAGCACGCAUGCUUACAUUUAUGAUAUAAUGUAAACUGAACUUUUUUUUCCUUUGUCGUUUGUUUUCUCUGCUUGUAGUGCCGAUAUGAUGUAUUCUGUCUUCUGCUGCAGUUUGUUUCUGCUUGUUUUACUGCUGCAGGCUCCCUGGAAAGAUGUGUCAAGCUUGCAAGUCCACCACCUUCAAUGAAAAGCACCUGUAGAGAUACAACCCUGUGAUGGUCACUGUCUAAAGCCAUAAAAUAUAAUCUCAUCAGAAAGAAAAGCCGAGAAGGACCCAGAAAUGAAACCGAGGUGGAACAUUUUACUUUCUAAAGCGGAAGAAAUGUGUAAGCUUGGGUUUUAUUAGCUACAACAUCCUGGCAUAAAAGUUGUCAUGAAUGUGGCUAAUAUUACCCAUAGUAUGCUGUGCCAACUUUUGUGCAUGUGUGUAGUUAUUGUUUAAGAGUUCUUGACACAUUUUUUUUCAUGGGGCCUGCAUUGCUAUAUUUGAUUCUUGCUGUUAUGAAUAAAAAACGUAAUAAAAAUUUACAAAUGAACUGAA